AUGUCUUUGAAGCUUCCUCAAAACCCGAAUGCGGGCUUGUUUAAACAAGGAUACAACAGUUACCUCAACGCGGAUGGCCAGAUCAACAAAUCUAUUUCGGCAAUCCGUGAAAUUCACCAGAUGUGUCUAACGUCAAUGGGGCCUUGUGGCCGUAAUAAGAUAAUCGUAAACCAUCUUGGCAAGAUUAUCAUCACCAAUGAUGCUGCUACUAUGCUGCGGGAACUGGAUAUCGUGCAUCCAGCCGUCAAGGUAUUGGUUAUGGCAACAGAGCAACAAAAGAUUGACAUGGGCGACGGUACUAAUUUGGUGUUGAUUUUGGCCGGCGAACUUUUGAACGUGAGUGAAAAGCUGAUCGGUUUAGGACUGUCUCCUGUUGAAAUUAUCCAAGGCUACAACAUGGCAAAGAACUUCACAUUGAAAGAGCUUGACAACUUGUGUGUGCAGGAGGUGACGGAUAAGCACAGUAAACAAGAGCUUGUGAAGAUCAUGAAGCCUGUAAUUUCAUCAAAACAGUACGGGUCGGAGGACAUCUUGAGUGACCUAGUUGCUGAGGCCGUUUCUCAUGUCCUUCCAUCCAAAUCAAACAGCUUCAAUGUUGAUUCCAUCAGAGUUGUGAAGAUUAUGGGUGGAUCGCUGGCUAAUUCAGAGGUUGUCAAGGGUAUGGUCUUCAACAGAGAGCCUGAAGGCCACGUUAAGUCUCUUCCACCAGGGCAGAAGCACAAAGUGGCCGUUUUUACAUGCCCUAUUGACAUCUCCACUACAGAAACAAAAGGAACUGUGCUUCUCCAUAACGCACAGGAGAUGUUGGACUUUACCAAAGGUGAAGAAAAGCAAUUGAACGAAAUGAUCAAGGAGAUUGCAGACGCCGGCGUUAACUGUGUUGUUGCUGGGAAUGGAGUAAAUGACUUAGCUCUUCAUUACUUGAACAGAUACAAUAUCCUGGUCCUCAAGGUACCAAGUAAAUUUGAACUGAGAAGAAUAUGCCGUGUAUGCGGCGCCACUCCUAUGCCUAGGUUAGGCGCUCCAACUCCAGAGGAGAUGGGUGUUGUAGAAACUGUAAAGACUAUCGAGAUCGGCGGAGACAGAGUGACCGUCUUCAAGCAAGAAGACGAUGAAGUGACAAGAACUGCAACAAUUAUUCUGAGAGGUGCUACUCAAAACAACCUUGAGGACAUUGAAAGAGCAAUCGACGACGGAGUGUCCGCUAUAAAAGGGUUAAUGAAGCCAGAUGGUGGCAAAUUACUACCUGGCGCAGGUGCUACAGAAAUAGAACUUGUAUCAAAAAUAACCCAGUUUGGCGAACGCACUCCAGGUCUGCUGCAAUUGGCAAUUAAGCAGUUCGCCGUUGCAUUCGAGGUAGUUCCCAGAACUCUGGCCGAAACGGCUGGCUUGAACGUGAAUGAAGUUCUUCCAAACCUUUACGCCGCUCACACUAGCGCUGCAGCAGACGGCGAAAGUGCUGGUGACAAUGUUUAUUACGGCGUUGACAUAGAUGGCGACAAUCAAGAAGGUGUCAAGGAUGUUAGAGAGGAAAACAUUUUCGACUUGCUGGCUGUGAAAAAAUUUGCAGUUAAUGUUGCUACUGAAGCUGCAACAACAAUCUUGUCAAUUGAUCAAAUUAUCAUGGCAAAGAGAGCUGGUGGUCCACAAGUGCCCAAAGGGCCAAAACCUGGUAACUGGGACCAAGAUGAUUGA